UCACUUUUACAACUUUCAAAUUUCUCUCCAGUUCCGUCCCCGGUACGUCCCGAUGUCGCAGGGAACGGAACCCAGAAGACAGAUGCCGGCAUCGGCCAGAUUACAUUGCCGGGGACACUGCAGGAGGGACAUCACGGGAGCGCAGGACAAGGUAAGUGAUCCCGGAGCAGCCCUGCAAGGUAUUCCCCAGUGUAGCUCAGGGUUACCGCUUGUGGUGCUGAAACUUUACCCCGAGCUACACUCGGGAAUACUGCCAGGGAGGUUAAGAAAACUUUUGCCUUGUCCUGCGCUCCCGCAAUAU